GGGUAUCAUAUGAAAAAGCUUUUAACGAGGAUGUAGUCACCUCACAAUCAGUUAUUUGACAGUCGUAGACGUAAUUAACGGAUCCGAUCUACAUCCAUGGGUAAUGCUUUGGUGAAGGACAUCAGGGCCGCGAGGAGGGAGAAGGAGCUGGAUCUCUCUAAGCGGGAUAUAAAAUCGCUUCCAAAGCAAAUCAAAGGCUGUAAAAAGCUCGAGAAUCUUAAUCUUUCGAAUAACUUGUUGAUUGACUUGCCGAUAGAGCUAGGACGACUGGGGCAGUUACGAACACUCAACUUUUCGCAGAACAAUGUCAACUACUUUCCACCGUGGCUGCCUAAAACUUUGGUCGAGAUUGACGCUGGAAGCAAUCGACUCUUUUACUCUCCAAUGACACCAAAGAUUGGUGAACUGACAAAUCUAGUCCGACUAGAUCUGAGCGGAAAUCAGCUCGAGGAUAUCCCAACGGAGAUUGGCAACCUCAGUAAUCUUCAUACCCUCCAGCUACACCACAAUGACCUGAAAGAUAUUCCUCACUGCGUUUAUAGCCUCCCCGUCCUUUCUAUACUCAACAUUAGUUACAACAAAAUCAAAGCGAUUACAGGGGACAUAUCGUCACUGCGAUCUCUCACAGAAUGGAACAUUAGCAAUAAUUUGCUGACGAUGCUCCCAGAAAAUCUUGGAAAACUCGCGACGUUGGUGCGGUUGUUCGUGGGCCACAAUGCACUGAAGACUCUUCCUGACUCUUGUGGCGAUCUCAUACACCUCGAAGAACUAGACAUUGAAGAAAACCACCAAUUGGAUGACCUACCAGCCAUUAUUUCCCGUCUGCGAAAUAUGAAGAAAUUCAACAUGCGAAACACCAAGCUCACACGCAUACCCAUAGGCAUCAAGAAUUGGGUAAAUUUAACUGAACUGGUAAUGAAGGAUAAUGGACAGAUGGAGGAUUUGCCAGAAAUCUUGGGCAGUCUCCGAUCCCUCCGGGUUCUCAAUUGUGACAGUUGCUCUUUACGCCAACUUCCUGAUCAGAUAGGGGGUUUAACUGCUCUUCAUCAUCUUGAUCUCCGACAAAACCAGUUGAGCUCCUUUGCUAUUCCGCCAACCAUCAAAAACUUGCAGCAUCUCGUCAAACUCUUUUUAAAUAACAACAGCAUCGAAAUUCUUCCUGAUGAAAUAUGUCAAUUGUCAAGCCUGACUGAGCUAGACAUUAGUCACAAUCUCAUCAUCACGCUGCCAGAUGAUAUUGGCGACAUGAAAAAGCUGGAGCGGUUGUUUGCGAAUAACAACAAACUGGAAACGGUCCCUCCUUCCAUAAAAUCACUCCAAGCAUUGACAGUCUUCGAGGUCCGUUCCAAUGCUAUAAAUCUCAUUCCACCCGAAAUAGGCGAACUAAGUAACUUGAUACGAUUGGAUUUGAGUCACAACCGACUGAGCGACCUUCCCCCAGCAAUGCACAAGAUGAGCCAGUUGCAGACUUUGGAUCUUCGUGACAAUCCCUUUGACUCGCCACCGCAACACGUCAUCGUGGCAGGAGUCGCUGCCAUUCUACAGUAUCUCGCUGACCAGUUUGCCAAGAUGCCAGAAGGAGGUGCGAGUGAUGCAUCUCAGAAGGGUCGCGUGCGUGCCCUACACGGAUGAAUCGAAGACGUUCACUAUAUUCAGAACAGAAUGCUUCCCCAAAGCUAUAUAGGGCUAAUUGAACAUGAGUAAGAUACAGGAUGGAAAACUAUUUUACAUCUAAUUUGUGAAUAGAAAUGUGCAUUGUCCUACAAAAAUGCCGCUCCAACUGCCGC